UGAGAAUAUCUGUGUUCACUUGUGACCUCCAGGCAUGAGCCUGUGCUUUGCUUGCGAGGUUGGGUCUUCGCCCGCUCUUCGCUGAGCCUCAUGCUCUGGAAGAGCAAGUUCCUCUGUGAGACGCUCCCGUUGCUCCUGCUCACGGUGUUUCCUGUUUUCCUGCAGACUCCUCGAUGCAGAGGUGGACGGAUGCAGGCCGGCGUGAGGAGGCGUCUCCCGCGGUGCCGGGGUGCCAUGGGAGAGCGAGGACUUUCCGGAGCUGGAGGAGACCCCGUGGAGUGGGAGCGGGUCUCUGGAACCUGGGAAACACUUGCUACGUGAAUGCAGCCCUGCAGUGCCUGACCUACACACCACCCCUGGCCAACUAUAUGCUGUCCCCGGGGCACAAGCCAACCUGUCCCACUCUGACCGUCUGCAUGCUCUGUGCUGUGCAACGUCACGUCACUCACGCUCUGCGGAGCCCCGGACGCGUCAUCCAGCCUCUGCACGCCUUGAUCGAUGCCUUCCACCGACAGAAGCAGGAAGAUGCACACGAGUUUCUCAUGUUCGUCUUGGACGCCAUGCAGCAGGCAGAGCUGCACCCUGAGGGCAGGGGUCUCGUGCACCGCAUCUUCGGCGGCUGCUGGAGAUCCCGAAUCAAGUGUCUCCACUGCGGAAGCACCUCUGACACUUUCGAUCCCUACCUGGACAUCACUGUGGACAUCGAGGCAGCUCAGAGUGUGAAGCAGGCGCUGACACGAGCCACAGAGCCCGAGGAACUGAUCGGGGACAACGCUUACCAUUGCAGCGUUUGUCUCCAGAAGAGGCCGGCUACCAAGACCAUGUCCCUACACGCCUCCUCCGAGGUCCUGAUCCUGGUGUUGAAACGUUUCUCGGACUUCACGGGGGAGAAGAUUACCAAGCACGUGCACUACUCCGAGCGGCUUGACGUGCAGCCGUACAUGUGCGAGCGGGUCGGGGGCCCCCGCGUGUACACGCUCUACGCGGUGCUGGUCCACGCUGGCUCCACCUCUCACAGUGGACAUUACUUCUCUUACGUCAAAGCCGGGGAUGGCCGUUGGUACCAGAUGGACGACAACAAGGUCACUGCCUAA